AUGUGCUCGGUCACGUUUCAAGCUCAACAUCCGAAAGUGAGCCCUCGCGUCGAUUGGGCUCAUGGGGUACCUCUCGUCGGGAAGCACAGACUUUCGCCACGAGUUUCUAGCGGUGAUGCUGCCAGUUCCGAGCCUGACCGAUGCGGAGUUAGCGGUCAUUUUCCAGCAAAGUCCGCUUCAGGUGUAGACGCUGAUAUUGCGACAGUUUCUUCGGUUAUGUCAGAAGGCCAAGGGGGGAACCCGGGGAACCCACGAAAC